AUGCAGGCAAAGGCAUCCGCGGUUUCCUCGAGUUCUGCUGAACAUUCUGGAAUGCACUUUCCGACAUCUGGCGCGAUCUCCAAGAUGCCGGCUCAGAACACACUCGCGCAAUCCUCCCGUUCUUCUGGGGUUAAACUUAACCUCAUGGCAGAUGCGGAGCAACAGCCUGGCCUGCCGGAUGAUGUGCCCAUGCAUACGUUCCCAAUUCUUCUCAGAAGCCAACGACCGGAACUGGAUGAUCAGCUUGCGCUGACCAACCUUGCCGGUCCCGAACCAACUGCAAGGGACAUUCUGCAGGGCAUCAAGGACCUCGGCAGGAGAUUUGAUCUCCUGGCCACCAAUGAGGGGGUGGAACACAUCAGAUGCCCAAUAGAGAGCAUGUCAGCAUCUCCGGUACAUCUCAUGAUACCCGGAUCUGUUACGCAAGUCACCAUUACCAUAUAUAUACAAUAA